UGUAUGUAAGUGUACCUGCCCGCCUGUUAAACAGUAUGUAAGCUAAUGUCUGUUGUUUUUGUUGGAUUUUUCUCCAUAAACGUCGAGAUAUCGCAACAAAAUGGAGUCAAAGGGACGCUCGCUUUAUGCUGCAGCAGGCACCUCAGAUAUGACGCAGAGUAUAGAGGAAGAAUCUCUGGUGGAUGGACCUCUGAUCUCCGCUGACGCCCUCCACUCUGCCAUCAGGAGAGAGUUUCAGACUUUACCCACACACUGCCAUGCCUGUCUGCUCUCUCUGCUGCAUAUUGUGUAUGUGGUGUUGUCGGUUUGCGUGGCCGUGCUGUGCGUGUUGAAAUUUGGCCAGGUGGAGGUGUGUGACAGUAUUCUGGGAAAUGUGUCAGGCUAUAGAGUCAUUGUGUACGGGAAGGUGUGUUUGUGGGUGCUAGUCCUGGUGUUCACUCAGUGUGUGGAUCACCAUCACACUAAAGCCAGAAGGAGAGGAUACCUGCGAUUCUACAGACGGAUGCAAGGACUGAAUCACCUGCCGCUUGCUGUUCUCUCUGCAGGGAACGUUAUGCUGUUGGUUGUUGUGGCUGCUGAUUUGUCAACAUCAGUGCACACCUACAUGCUGCUCUGCAUCCUGUGGUUGGAGCUCUUGGUGGUGAUGCCAUGCCUACUCUGUUACACAGUCAGGGUGAUGCGCUUCAACAGGGAGCGAGCUGCUCCAGACGUGAGCCAAGAAGAACAUUCGCACAACUACACUAUCACAAGUCUGCCGACCGAGACCGGCUUCAGAGAGGGAUCCAGUCUGGAGGAGGUGGUGGAGAAGCAGGCUGACCUGAUAGAGUACCUGAAACAGCACAACACCUUACUGAGCAAGAGGCUGCUUAACCUCACGGCUCAGCACUGACCACAGUCCAGAAGCCUCUUCCCCUUCUCAAGUGACGGUAAAAGAGAUAGAGCCUGGUCAGUGUGCCACUGAGAGAGAAUCUAUUGGUUUAAAAGAAAAGACUUAAGCCCUGAAGAAAACACUGGAUAAAAGACUGAAUGAGCCAAAUGCACCUGUACGUACAGACUGAGACGGACAGAUAAUGCCGGAGGAGGUGAGCUGUAAGUGGCCAGAGAAAGAGGAGGACAGGAGAGGAGUCACAGGUCACUGAUCAGAGGUGAGGGGUUUUUAUCGCUCUUUUUUAUCACCCCCAGUGACCCAUGUAUGCUGCCGCUGGCGUUACAGAAACAGUGAAGGUGAAACUGUUUGAGAUGAUCUGCACUAAAGAGAAACCAAAAGAGUAGAAGAUAUAGGAGGGAGUUUCUUCAGGGUCAAAUAUGAAUGUGUGCUUAAAUGCUAUGUGCUACAAUGUGGUAUUUUAAUGUCUGAAUGUGUGUAAAUGCAUUAUUUGUUGAAAGUUUUUUUUUCCUCUUUGUUUAUUCAGUUAGUUUGUGUAUUUGUGAUCAGACUCCAAUAAAUCUUUGAUAAAAUCA